AUGGAUCUCCGCUCAAUCCCGCUCAACCCCAGGUUGCUGACAGACGAGUACGACCGUCGCUUCAGACACGUCACAAUCAUGGACGCAUCGCCCGGGUCGCAGAUACGGCGCAGCCAACAGCGCUCCGAAAAGCCAUCCGCACCCCGACGUCAUCCAGAGCGCACCUCCCCCGCUAAACGCAAGCGACUCCCCGACACCGAGCAGCGUAUGCGUGGCGGUGCCAAACCCGGUACGCUACCACCCACACCGCCCGCCCGCAAGGGCGCGACUAGCACCCGCCACCGGCGCCAUCGUCAGCCACCAGCACCUGAUCGACGGCUUAAUACGCGGACACCUCCCCGCCAGGCCAGGUCCCCCGCGAUGCCCUCCCCGUCGGCCGCGCAGGAUCUUCUGCAGCGCGCAGAGCGGUCCGCCGCAACGGAGACCGACGCGGCCGGCCGGAGACCGUGUGUUAUGGACGUGAUCCUCGGGAGUCGGCCGGCGGUCCUGCAGUAUAGCGAAGACGUGAUCCUGGAGGCCAUAGAGCUCAGCCGCGAUGCCCUGCGACCUGCCGCAGGCUCCCUCGAUCCCGAAGACGAACUUGAUGACCGCAGGUCCGCCACGCCGCGCGGGGGCGGACGAUCCACAUACGCCGGCACAGCACGUAUGCACGACAAGACGCCGCGCCGCGUCGCGCGAGCUGCAUUUCAGGUGUCUGCGGAGCGGUCGACGGCUGUUUGGAUCCAAUCCGACACGUCGCCGCGGGAAAUGUCGGCGCGGAGCCAGGAUCCUUCUCUGUCAAUCGUUACGCCGCAGCACACGUAGUAGGAAUAACACGGGCGGGGACGCGCCUGCGGCGGGGUAUUGUCUGCACGUACGACGCGUUAUUGCUCGCUUGGAAUGGCAAUUUU